GAUAUCCUGACCAGGUGUAAACAGAACUUGCUAAAGUAAGUGUUGCAGCUAUUUCUGCAAAUCCUUGCGAAUUAUCACUCAUUGCAGUUCGGCAUGGUUUUUCAUCUGACCACUCUCUGGCUUUAUUCCACCUUUACUUAUUGGACGUGAAAUUAGAUUUGGACGCUGUACACAAAAUGGACAGUGACGAUAACCAGGACGUUUCUGCAGAACCCAGCAUGGGUUUGGCCAGAGGAAUGCUGGAAAUACCGACCCUCGUUAUUCGGAACAGUGGCGAGGAGAGCUCAAACAGGAAAGUUCUCCGGAACCAAAAGAGAGAGAACCUGAAACCGGUUCGACAGGUGGAAAAACAACGUCCGCCUCGGCCCUCGGGCAAAGGCUACCGCAAGGACGGAGACUCGUCCAAGAACAAGAUCAAGGAGCGGACCAAAGACGGCUAUCUCACCUCUAUGCUGCCGGAAGACUGCCGCAUUUCGACCCUCCUGCGACGCAUGAACCAAGAGCACAACAUGGAAGCCUUCUUCAGCAUCACCAGCACGCUUCAGGAGGCGAUCGUGGCGCCAGAGAACGCCAGAUACAUCCACAAGGCGCACGAGGUCAUCACCGAGUCGCUCUUGGAGACGCUGCAGAAUGGACCGACCGCGGACGCCAGGGCCGAGGGUGCCAAGUGUCUCGGCAUCUACGCCCACAGCGUCGACACUGAAGGAAGACGAACGUUCUUCGACUGGUUGUUCGGAGCGUACCACAAAGAGAAAAGAGACGAUGUCAAGAUAUCUUUAAUGAACUCCUUGCACCACAUGUUCAUUUUGGAGAAAAAUGUUCAAAAACUGAAGAACAAGGUCGAGAUUCAGGACCUUGUGAAAAAGCUGCACACGCUUCUGGAGGCUGCCGCCGACCCGAAAGUGUUGUGUGCCAUCCUCGAAGCGAUUCUGCUCAUCGACGCGUCUCAUGUGAUGGCCAUCAAGGAAUUUUUCUCUGACAUUGUGGACCUUCUGGUCGGGUGGCAUGUGGACAUCGAACAGCCAGAUUGGGUCAUCGACCUCGCCUCAAACGGACUGAUCAAGCUGCACCGUUACUGGGUCAUGCAAAGUCAGUUCACUGAGGGUCUGCUCACCCAAUUUCUUGAAGACAUGGAGGCGUACAAAGACGACCUGAUAGCUGCCUUGGAGACCGCAGAUUAUUCACCUUCAAUUUGCAGAGCGUCUUUAAAACUGACUAUUAAGGUUUUCAACACGGUGACCCUCGGCUUGGGCGAGGAUGCCAAACCGGAAAAUGGGUCUGCCAUUAGCGCCAAAUAUUGGAGCGUUGGUUUGAACCGAGUUUUGAACCUCGUGCUUGCCAUCAAAAAGUGGGAAAAUGAAGAGGCGAUUGUCGUCACUGCGAACAACACUGUCUGCAUUGUGCUCGACAUCAUUGGAAAGGAGUGCUGGAGCUCGCUGCUGCACUCGUUCAUCAAGAAGCAGCUUCAAUUCAUCUCCUCCUGCGCCACGUCCACCAUUAUUUCCUACUGUGAAACGAUUUCAAAGACCGUGAGAAUUUGCGGAGAUAGCUUGCCCGUUGAAAUAACAGGGGAGCUGCUUGGACCGGAGUCGCAGCUGCACGAAAUCAGAAAUGGCGGCGAGAAACAAACCUUGGCUCUGAUCGGUAUCUACCACAGCUUGCUCGGCCUCAAGAAUGUACCUGUCUUGGAGGAAACCUACAGCCUGAUUCUGCGAGACCUGUAUAAAGGGUUCAAGGCGUUGGUGCCUGGCGUGGAGCCGUUCGCGCAGUACUACUCUGAUGCUGACUUUGCUGACUACAAAGCUGAAGAAGCUGAGAUGGCGGUGCUUUUCCUGCUCACGACUCUAAUAAAAAUAUAUAUCAACAACUCCAUAAUGGGCAUAUGGGCUCUAAAGCCGAACGUGAUGGAUUUGCUGGCCAAUAGCCUCAUCCCGAAUUGUUACAAAAACGUGUCGUCCACCGUCCAGUACUUGCUGCUCGUCAUCAUGAACUGUCAUUGCAAAAAGUACAAACACUUCUUGUCCAGAUCAAGUCUGGUCAUAUCAGGAUCGUCGCAUUUUGAGAAAGACAGUCCCACCACGGGCCAUUUUACGCUUGUUUUGAGAACUUUGACAGACGUUCUCAACGAGACGAACAGCUCCAGCCAGGAAAUCGUGCUGCUGUGCCUGCAAUGGAGCAAGGAUCUAAUCAUAGAGGCUAAAUCUUGCAUCGACAAGCUUCUCGUCAAUGACGUUUUCUUGGGCCUGAUAAAUGAGAUCAUCUCCGCAGGCACAACCGUCCAAAAUGAAGUGGCCGUCGCCGUUGCUGGAUGCCUGACGAAUUUCUUGCAAAUCCUGCCAAGCUCUAAGCUCAUGCAGGACAAGAUGAUGAAGGACAUCGUCCGUCUGUGCAUUUUGCACCUCAACUCGCUGGAUCCGCUUGUGAAGGCUUGUUACCACCAAGUCUUCCUCCUCUGUCCCUGGACCUUUUCUCUAGAGGUCAUUGAAAAUCCUGAUAACGCCCCAAACAGCAGUGCUAAGUAUGGCUUGCAUUUGGUGGAAAAGGUCAGGAAAAUCCACCACAUUCGCAGCAACCCCAGCGAUCUGAAGAGCUACCAGUUCUCACACAUCAUGUCCUACUUGCUCCAUGGAUCGCAGCAAAAUAUUCAGUGUCUGAUUGACACUCUGAACCUGAGUUUGAUCUCAACUGCGAACCAAGGCGACGAGAUCGAAAAGUUGCGCAUUGCUGGCAGCAACUCGAGCAAGGCCCUGUGGAAGUGGGCAACCUGGCAGGCGGCUCAGUUCACCAUCAAUUCCAAGCUCAGGACGCCGCUGGGAAAGCCACAGGAAACGUUUUCCGCCAUAGAGAACGCGAUAAAGAGCCUGGCGCGGGAGUUUGACUGCGACAAGUCAUCAGAGGUUUGUUCAACCUCGAAAACGACCGUUGGGAACAUGACGCAGGCCCGCCUUCUCAUCGACUUCGCGUGCGACCUCGACAAGUGCAUCUAUAGCGCGUCCGAGGGCUGCGCCGUCGCCAUUCCCAUGCCUUCCAAGCCCGUUCGUCUGUUCUUCUACACGAAUAGGUCCGUUUGCGCCGAAUGGGUGUCUCGCAUCCGCUGGGCCACGGUCGUGGUGGCCAUCCACUCCGGAAUGCCGCAUGUGGCCGUUCGAAAUGGCUUUGAAUUAUUGCGAGAGCUCACUUCCCAACAGCAACUACCGCAAAUGGAAAUCGAGAAGGCGACAAUUCUGCUGACAAACGCGCUGCUGCAGCUGAACGAGCCGGAAGCGCUGCAGGGUCUGUACAGGUGGUGCAGCGAAAAGACCCGGCUGCGACUGCCCUGGGUCAAAGCAGCAACACUCCAAGCUGCCGGGAGGUACGAGGAAGCCAUCCAGGAGUACUCGCAGAAGGAGGAGGCACACCAAGACCCUCUUCCCGUGUACCAAUUGUCUUUCAAGGCCGAUCAGCUGAGCGAGUGUCUGAUGCACGAGUCAGAAUGGAGCCAGCUGGCUUCUCUCAAGGAGGAGUACAGUAAAAUCAGCGGCCGCUACGACACUCUGAUUUCAAGCUCAAUGACCCUGGAAACGAUCAAGAGACUAAGCGAUUUCGGACAGCUGGAAGAGGACCGUGUCGAAAAAAUCGAUUUUGACCUGCGAAAACCGAAUUUGGUGGUGACGCAGGUGCUUGAAGAGUAUACCAAUGUUUUGAUCGACUUGCAAACCCCCGAGAGGACUAAAUACAGUAAAAUACCUUCGAUCACUAGCCAGUGCAACAAGGCUCUGCAGGAUUUGCUUGAGGAAGGCUUGAGAGGAAACUCUAUGCGGAUUUGUCAGGAUGUGGUCAUCUUGCAGCAAGUUGGCCAGGCCAUCUCGAGCUUUGCCAAAGACGACGGUGACAACUCGUCGCACUUCUACAAUCCCUUCCUUCUUAAUUCGCAAAACAUGAGUGCGGAAGUGAUGGGAAAGGCGCUUUACUGGAACAAUCUCUUCCAGAUGAUCCAUCAAGACCCUGAAAUCGCCUCGACGUACCUGACUGCAAGCCGGACUGCCAGAAAGUCAGGGAAUUUCAGCAGAGCAAAACUACUGCUCGCGGAAUACUGGAGGAUGGCCAGAGACUCCAACGUUGCCGAGUUUGAUAGUCUCGUGCCUGACGCUGGCGUUGACUUCAAAGCGGAAAAAGAGACGGCGAAAUUAUUUUAUUGUGUCAACAGAAAGUCCGACGCGAUUGAGUCUCUGUCCAAGAGCGUGAAGCAGUUUGCAAACAAGGCUCUAAACUGCGGCGACGUGGAGACCAAGUUGGCCGCUUCGGAGCUGGCGCUGAGUCUGGCUAAAAAACUGGCCAAGUCUGCGGUCGCCGAGAAGCACGCGUCUGACGGCUCCGCGCUGGCCGAUCUCAUCCAAUGGUCAGACCAGCGUUCCGUCUGCCUCAUGGAACUUGGCGUGCAGGUUUCUGACGCGAUCGGAGACUCGUUCUCGCGGCAGCUGUACCAGGUGGCGUUGGAGACGUGCCCUGAAAACGCCAAGGCGUGGUGCCAGUUCGCCGCGUGGAGCUACAGGCAGGGCCGCAAAGCGCUCGACUUUGAGGAGGACGGCGGCGCCGUCGCCAUGCCCUCCGAGUCGGACCGCCGCAAGCUGGCGGCCAUCCUGGGCGUUGGGCCCAACGAGAAUCUGGUCGCCUCCAUCCUGGCUAUCCUCUACGAGCGCAGGAAGACCGAACUUGAUGACAACCAGCUCAGCUGCAUCUUGAAAAACAUGCUGGCUACCAGGGUUGAGGAGGUGGACAAGCGAGUGUCCCAGAUCGUGUCGUUCUGGAGCCAGAACUCAAAGAGUCACCUGUUCUACCAGUCUGCCGUGGUGGCCUACUUCCGCUUCCUGCAGCUGAACGGGGAGGCUGCCCAAGCCGAGUCAGCACUGACCGCAACCCUGCGGCUGCUGCGUCUGAUCGUGAAGCAUGCCACCUCGUUCCAGGACGCGCUGGAGCAGGGUCUCGCCACCACGCCCACUGCGCCCUGGAAGGGAAUCAUUCCACAGCUCUUCUCCAGACUCAACCACCCUGAGUCGUUCGUGCGGAGGCGCCUUUCCGAACUGCUCUGCCGUCUCGCCUCCGACGCGCCGCACCUCAUCCUCUUCCCCGCCGUCGUUGGAUGCACCACCGCCAGCAAAGGUCCCCUGAAGAACGAUAACCUGAUGGAAUCGUUCGUGCAGGACGAUGAAGACGACACGGACGAGGAUUCAGAGGAGGAGAUGGAAGAGCCUGAGGACGAAAGCCAGAACUCGGUUCUGCGAAGCUGCUUCCUCGCCAUGGUGGACACGCUGAGUCAGCUGGCGCCGGCCAGCAUCAAUCAGGUUCGUCUGUUGGUGUCAGAGCUGCGUCGCAUCACGGUUUUGUGGGACGAACUGUGGCUGGGCUGUCUGAACCAGCACCAGCAGGACGUGACGCGGCGGCUGUACCAGCUGGACGCGGAGCAAAAGAAGCUCAAGGAGAACACCAGCCUGGACGAGGCGAGCAAGACGCGGCUGAUGCGCCAGAAGUACGACAUCGUGAUGAAGCCGGUCGUGAUCGUGCUCGAGCGGCUGGCCACGUUGACCAGCGUGCCGCCAGAGACGCCGCACGAACGCUCCUUCCAGCUGAUGCACAUGGACAGCAUCGUCAGGGCGCUCGACGCCCUCAAGAAUCCGCCCGCCGACGAGGAAAUCAAACCCCAACAGUGCUGGCAAAGAUUUAAGGCGUUGCACGCGGAGUUGGUGCGUCAGUCACAGAAGAAGUCCCCACAGACCUUGAAGUUGAGCGAGAUCAGUCCCAGUUUGGCGGGCUUGCGGAACUCUGCGAUCACAAUGCCGGGCGUGAGCGAGCCGACGGCCACCAUCGCCGGCAUUGAGAACACCGUCUCCAUCCUGCCGACCAAGACGCGGCCCAAAAAGCUGGCCAUGCGCGGUUCCGACGGACGCGUCUACGUCUUCCUCUUCAAGGGUCUCGAAGACCUGCACCUCGACGAACGCAUCAUGCAGUUCCUCACCAUCACUAACACCAUGCUACAGGCAAAAGACAAACAAGGCUGCGGCGAGUACCACGCGUGUCACUACUCCGUGGUGCCGUUGGGCAACCGCUCCGGCCUGAUCAGCUGGGUGGACGGCGUGCAGCCGGUGUUCAGUCUGUACAAACGGUGGCAGAUGCGCGAGGCGAGCGCCCGGCAGCUGCGCCAACAGCAGCAGCAGCAGCAGGUGGCGCCCAGCGGCGCCCAGCCCUUGGUGCCGCGCCCCUCGGAACUCUUCUACAACAAGUUGCAACCGCUGCUGACCGAGCACAACGUCCCCCUGGAAAAUCGCAAGGAGUGGCCGCACGCCGUGCUGCGUCAGGUGCUGCUCGCCCUGAUGAACGAGACGCCGAGCGACCUGCUCGCCAAGGAACUGUGGUGCGCCAGCGCCGACUCCAGCCAUUGGUGGCGCGUCACCAAGAACUACGCCCGGUCGGUCGCUGUCAUGUCCGUUAUCGGUUAUAUUAUCGGACUGGGUGACCGGCACCUUGACAAUUUGCUUGUCAACCUUUCUACUGGAGAAAUUGUGCACAUCGACUACAACGUGUGCUUCGAAAAGGGCCAAACACUGCGCGUUCCUGAAAAGGUACCCUUCAGGAUGACGCCUAACCUUCAAACAGCCCUCGGAGUGACCGGCGUCGAGGGAAUUUUCCGGCUCAGCUGCGAGCACGUUUUGCGAACGAUGAAGUACGGGCGCGAAACGCUUUUAACUCUGCUUGAAGCUUUCGUAUACGAUCCUCUCAUCGACUGGACACCUGAAAAUGAAGCUGGAUACACUGGGGCUGUAUUUGACGGCUUGAGUCAGCGAGUAGAAAAUGACGUGGCUCGGCCAAGCAGACGCGAGCUUGAAAGGGAAGCAGCCCUGGGCAUGCUCUCCGUCAGGGUCACUGAGAUGAGAGAGGCCUGGAAUAGUAACAAGGAGGAGUUGCAGGAGACGCGGGCGCGGCUGGCCGACAAGCUGCAGAGCUGGAUGGUGGUGUGCCUGGAGGUGCAGCGCAUGCAGAAAUCGGUGCAGGAGGCGCACCAUCAGAUGGCCGUGCUGAAGGAGGCGGGCGCCGUCGGACCCAACCACUCGAUUUACAGCCUCCAUGAGCGACACGUCAACUACUUGCGCGUCCAGGGCGCCCUCACAAAAGUCGAGACGUUGCUCAAGAAGACCCUCGACGAUGCCAACAACAACAUAAACAAUGUUCAGCUUGCUGUGGUUGCGAUCAAGACCAAGGGAGACACCCGAGCGUGGCUUUCGGAAUUGCAGGCAAUCAGUAAGCUCAACCUCAAGAGCCAGGACAUCUUUGAUCUGGUCAAGCAGUUCCUGGUUUCCGCAGGCCAAUCGUCAAUUUCGGAACAGUGCGAUCGGAUGGAGCGUCAGUUUGGUUUGACAGUGCAGCAGAUGCAGAACUCAGUGCGUGCCAAUCUGGAUAUGCUGGAAGAUUUCGGGCAAUUGUCAUCCCUGUUCACGCAGAGCCAGCUGAAGUGCCACAUCACAGCACUGCACGCGCAGCUCGCCGAGUCGCUGCUGAAGAACCUGAGCGUGGAGCAGUGCCGGUCGGUGGCGGCCAAACUCAAGGAGCACGUCGCCGAGCGCCGCCCCAAACAUGAGACGGAGGCCCUCCUCAUCAGCAACCAGGCGCAGCUGCAGGUCGCCAUCAGCCACGUGAACAAUGAUUAUAUUGAACUGAUGAAGAGGAGCAAGGUCGAGAUCGGCUCCCCCAAGAUCGCUGAACAGCUGUUCGCCCUCGCCUCGGAAGAUCCAAAAACUUUAACUGUGGCUGUUAUUCACAACUUGUUAACGCUGAACGCGAACAUCCUGGCCGUGGAGUCGGCAGCAACCAACACAGGAGAGAGUCUGGUCGACCUGACUCUGCACGAGGGAGAGUGGUUCCUGGACCGAAUGAUCCAGAUCAGCGAGCUGACGGUUGAGCUCACGCACUUCCUCACCGCCGCCAAUCCGGAGUCGGAGGAGCUGGCGAAUGCCAUCGCGUGUCUCAACACCAGCAAGGACGUCUACUGCGACUUGCAGGCUCUGAUUUCGAUGACAAACACAAUCAUUGCUCCCGAAAUGUCGAACGCGCUGACAACCGAAGAGCCGUCAGUCCUCAGGAUCUUCAACGGACUGAAAGAGCUGAUCAAUUCCGUUGACUGGACUCUGGCGGAAGUCGUGGAGAAACUCGAGACGAACAUGAAAUUCAUCUCCUUGGAACUGCCGCCUCCACACUCGGUAGCGCAGGAGGAAUGUCUGCGCCUGAGGAAUGGCUUCGCCAAUCUGCUGCACCAGGAACGCAGCGACGAGCUGAGCGCCGGCCAGAAGCUGCUUAUGGGCUUCAGCGGAUUGUUCGAGCGCCUCGAGAGGGACUCCAUCAGGCUGCUGGACUCGCUCAAGAGUAUCGACAUGCCCCCCGCCUGGCCUAAGUUUGACCAGUACGCCAUGGCUAGAAGUCUUACCGACAAGAGGGUAAAGCAGUGGGCAAUGCGAGGAGAGGACUCGCUGUUAGUCUUCCAGGACAUCUGCCUGUUGAAGAUGCUGCAGGUGAUGAUGGACGUUUUCGGGCUGGCGCACAAGUCUGCCGAGUUUGUGCACGGGCGUCGGGAGGUGGACGUGUUGCACCUGAUGAGCAACGACUUCCUGGUGCAGCCGGUGAAGCGCUACUGCGCCGAAUUCGUGCGGCGCCAGCUGCUGGGUCUGCAGCCCGAAUCCGUGGCGUUGGUCGCGUGCACGGCCCUCGAGCACGCGCUGCACGUCGACCUGACCGAGGUGUUUGAUCAGGGAACUAUCAGCCUGGAGAAGGUUUGCGAGGAGCAGGUGUCCGGCGAGGCCCACCAGGCGGCCGUGGCCCUCGUAGCAGAUUUCUGCAAGGAUUGGAAGAAGGACCGGGCGGCCGUGGCGCUCAACAAGCUCACCGACGCCACCAACACGCACCUCAAGCAGCUCAAGCUCAAGAAGAAGGCCCACGCCUGGAUCAACGACUUCUACUCCGGCCAAACACAAACAACCUUCACCAAAAAUCUGGGCAAGGCACUGUUGGCGUUAGUCAGCCUGCAGCCGGACUUGGCGGAGGUGGCGGAGCAGCACAAGGCGCUGGUCGACAACAUUGCACAGAGGCUCAAAUGGGCUGCUGGCGCCAAUCCAACAAUAGCAGAGGUACUCUCGGUGUUCAAAGACCUGAGUUCGAGCCGCACGGAGUUGCUGAGCCGUCUUCAGGUGCUGUCGGCGGACGUGCAGUCGGCGAGCUCGGGAAUUCUGCACCUGGAGAGCAUGCGCAGCAGCAACAGCCCGGAAGUGAACGCGGCGAACAGCGCGCUGCUGCAACUGCUUGCCCAGUGCGAGCAGAACCUGGCGACGGUGGAGGCGGCCGGACCGUACUCGCUGACGCUGGUGGAAAAGCGGCUGGCGCUGCUGCUCGGCGGACAGCCCGUCGACGCCGCCUGGCUCCGCUCCGCGGAGGCGCAGGUUGCCGCGCAGGUCGUCAGCAACACGACGCAGCUCGCCACUGACAAGACCAGACAGAUCGCAGCCUUUUCCGAGAUCAAAAGCUGCACGGCAGAACUGAGGAUCGUCCUGCAGAACCAUCACUCCCUCAUGAGCGGCGUCCGACCGCUCCUCAAAACACUAGCAAAGCCGGGCGAAGGGCGAGAGACGCUAGGCAAAUACAUUUCACAUUACAAAAACUUUUCGGAAGAGAUCUCGGCCGUGGUGCAGUGCCUGGGCAUGGAGGAACUCGAGCCCAACCAAAUCAAAGUUCUGCUGCACCAGCUCGGCGCCUUGGAACAAGCAAUCGACGAGGUUUACAGCGGCCUGAUGGACGUGUCAGCCUUGUGCCAGUGCGAGCAGCUUGAAAAACGGUCACCAACUGAAAAUCACGAUGCUGUCCACUCGUCCAACCAAGAUAUACCUUCUAACGCUGAUAACAAACAAAAAGCUCCGCAAGAACGCAACGCAUUCGCGAUGGGCGUUUUGCGUCGAGUGAAGGCCAAGUUGGAAGGUCGGGACGUGGAGCCGGCCGCGGGGAAGGCGAUGACAGUGCAGGAGCAGGUGGGCAUGAUCAUCAGCCAGUCGACCAGCCUGGACAACCUGUGCCAGCACUACGAGGGGUGGACGCCGUGGGUGUGAGCGCUUUUGGGGCUCGGGCGUCACCCGCUCGCAUUUGAAGGCUUGAUUCAACACUUGAGAAACAAAAGGCAGGCAUCGAGAGGUCUCGACGGCCACCGCUGUUUGCAAACAGCACCGGCCGCUCGCUCGAGAGCACCCCCGCACACACAGUUGGGGGUGCACACCCUCUCCUCGCAGCCCUGGAGCGAAUUUCACGCGUCCUGCGAGGAGAAACCCACUUUUAAUUCCAUUUUCCCCUCGAAAUCCCAACAUUUUGCCCGUUGGACACAUCUUGGUGUUUUCUGCGGGCCGCUUUUAUCUCAUCUUUCACCGCGUACCAUCGUUUUCCUUUUAGAAACGAGAAUUUUGCGUGUAGCUGUCGUAGUUAGAAAUGUGUUGAAUCUUCUCUCUGUUCUGUUUGGAUCAAUAAAAAAUAUGAGUCAAA